AUGAAGCCAGGCAGUGGCCGCAAGGAAAAGCGCAACAAGAAAUGUAUGGUUUCACUUGAUGAUGUUCCUGAUUUCAGCAAAAAUGUUCCAAUUACCAAAGAGGACCGUGAAUAUUUUAAGUAUGAUCUUCAAGGAGGGAGAAUGGAGAAAGCAGCAACAUCCAAGAUUCAGAAAAAUUUGGAUGCCUUGGAGAACGCCCGUCUAGAUAUUGCGGUAACGGGGGAAUCCGGCUCUGGCAAGUCCUCCUUUGUCAAUGCCAUUCGAGGCCUAGGGGAUGAAGAUGAUGGAUCUGCUCCUACUGGGGUGGUAGAGACCACCUUGAAGCCAGUUCCUUACCCAUAUCCCAAGCACCCUAAUGUGACUGUGUGGGAUUUGCCAGGAAUUGGCACCCCCCGAUUCAAAUCCGAUACGUACCUGCAAGACGUAUCCUUUUCCAGGUAUGACUUCUUUAUUAUCAUUGCCUCAGAGCGCUUCAAAUCCACCCAUGCCCAACUGGCACUAGAGAUCCAGAAGAUGGGCAAACGCUUUUAUUUUGUGCGCUGCAAAGUGGAUGUGGACCUGGAGGCCAGCAAAAGGCGUCGGCCGCGAGCCUAUGAUGAGGAGGAGAUCCUGCGGCAGAUCCGCAACAAAUGCCAAGAGUGCCUAGAAGCUGAAAAGGUGGUCUCUCCUCGUGUCUUUCUCCUUUCCAACUGGGAGCUGAACAAGUAUGAUUUUAAGCUGUUCGAAAAGACCUUGAGGAAAGAACUUCCAAGCCACAAGAGACACGCCUUCCUCCUAGCCCUGCCCAACAUCUCUCCAGAAAUCUUACAAAAGAAGAAAGAGGCCUUACAGGAACAGAUCUGGAAGCUGGCUGCUGUCUCAUGUGCCUUGGCAACUGUGCCCAUCCCAGGUGUCGGUUUCGCCUGUGACGUGCCUAUCCUGGUUUGUUCUAUCUCAAAGUACCGCCAGGUCUUUGGACUUGAUAAGAAGUCCCUCACCCAGCUUGCUGACAAGAUCGGCCAGCCUGUGGAAGAGAUCAAAGCGGUCAUUAAGUCACCAUUGUCCCAAAAGGUAUCCAAACGCUUGGUGUUACAGAUGUUCAGCAGGGCUAGUACUGCAGCAGUAGUCGUGGUAGAGUAUUUUGCUAGUACAAUUCCCAUAUUUGGUUCCCUGGCAGCUGGAGCGAUUGCCUUCGGAACCACCUACUACGUGCUGUGGAGCAUCCUAAACCAAAUGGCAGAUGAUGCUCAUAGUGUUCUCACCAUGGUCCUUCAGUCUGACUAUGAACCUAAAACACAAAGAACCAAGAUGGGGGUUGCCAUCUCAAAAACAGUGGUAAGAGCUGAACUGGAAAGUAUGAAGAUUGCAUUGGAAAAGAACAAUCCCCAAGAUGUUUCAAAACGAAUGAAUGAAGAACUGAAUUUAUUAAAGAGCACUACGCUUGAUAUUGGCAUCACAGGGGUGUCGGGUGCUGGUAAAUCGUCAAUUGUCAAUGCCCUGCGAGGAAUAACAGAAAAGGACCCUGGUGCAGCUAAGACGGGAAACACAGAAACAACAAUGGAGCCAGAGAAAUACACACAUCCCAUGUUCCCCGAAGUAACCAUGUGGGAUCUACCGGGAAUUGGGACACCUAAAUUUAAAGCAAAGGAAUAUCUGCGGCUGGUAAAUUUUGAGAAGUAUGAUUUCUUCAUUAUUGUGGCUUCAGAACGCUUCACAGAAAAUGAUGUCUUACUAGCCAAAGAAAUGCAGAAAAAGAAGAAGAAGUAUUAUUUUGUGCGCUCCAAAGUAGAUCAGAGUGUAAAUGCUGACAAAAGGAAUGCCGAUUUCAAUGAGGAAAAAACCUGUGAGAAGAUAAGACAAUAUUGUUGUGACAAUCUGACAGAAGCAGGAGAAUCUAACCCAAGGGUUUUUCUCAUUUCCAGUUGGGAUUUGAAAAUGUAUGAUUUCCCCCUCCUUCAAGAGACCUUGUCGAAUGACUUGGAUGACCUCAAGAAGUAUGCCUUAAUUGUAUCAAUGCCAGCUUUCUCAAGAGAAGUCCUGGAGAAGAAAAAGGCUGCUAUGGAGACCCUUAUAUGGAAAGUAGCCCUUGUGUCUUGUGGCAUUGGGGCAAUUCCUGUCCCAGGACUCUCUCUUGCUUGUGAUAUUGGCAUCUUGGUUGGAACAAUGAUACAUUUCUGCAAGGUCUUUGGUUUGGAUGAAGAUUGCCUCUGCAGACUUGCAAGCCGUGUUGGCAAACCUAUUGAUGAAUUGAAAUCAGCUGUCAAAAAAGCCCCCAUGGCCAGCCAAGUCACCACUGAAUUUGUAAUCGAUCUAAUGACUAAGUCAUUAGUGUGUGGAGCAGUGAUGGCGGUAGAAUUUGCUCUUGAUUUUGUGCCUGUGUUGGGCUCUCUCACUGGUGGAGCACUUUCUUUUGUAACCACCUUCUACCUACUGAAGAGCUUUCUGCAUGAUGUUGAGGAAGAUGCAGAGAAUGUCCUAGCAAAAGCUAUGGAGACCCAGGACAAGUAA